AUGGCGGCUGGAAGUGAAGCAGUAAGUGGCCACGGUCGUGGCUCGUCUGCUACCCUAGAGUCGUCUUUGGACCGCCGUUUUCAAGGAGUUACCAAUACGAUGGAGUCAAUCCAAGGACUAUCAACCUGGUGCAUCGAGAAUAAGAAGUAUCAUAAUUUAAUAGUACGGCACUGGAUGAAAUGGUUAAGAAAAUCGGAUGCGUCUCAUAGGCUCAAUCUGCUCUACCUGGCCAAUGAUGUCAUUCAGAACUGCAAGAGGAGAAAUGCCAUAGUUUACAGGACCACCUUCGCAGAUGCGCUCCCAGAGGCUGUUCAGCUCGUCAGUAAGGUGAAGGACUCUAAGGUGCGUAAGUCAGUGGAGCGGAUCCUGUCCAUCUGGGAGGAGAGGAGUGUGUAUGCAGAGACUUUCAUCAGUCAGCUCAGGGAUGGCCUGGUGAUGGAGGCCCCACCAGCUCCUGUCAACCCGACGGCGGCUCUGAAAUCCAAGAUUGUAGCUGAGUUUGUGCCUUCUGGAUUUAUUGAGCGUCUGUCGAAGUACAGAAAGUCCAUGGAUGAGAUUGAGCUGAGAGAGAAGCAGUUGGCUGCUAUGAGAGUGGACGUCUGCAACAUGGAGGCACUGAAAAAACUAAAAGACAAAGCAGGUGGUAAGAAAUUCCUGAAAGACUUUGAGGACGGCAGUAGCAGACUCCAGGAGUUUGUGGUGUUUAUGGAGGGUCAGGUGAAACGGGGAAACCCUCUGAUGGAGGCCCUGGAGAACGCAGACAUCUUCUACGAGAUGCAGUACAAGGAGGUGAAGAUUAUUGCCAAAGCCUACCAGACCUUUGCAAACCGCGUUCAGCACCUCAAGCGUAAGCUGGACACACUGAAGGGCUCGCUUCCAAACCAGGGGGACUCGCCCAUCCCGUCGCCCUCCCUGGACGCCCCCUCUCCCACGGGCUCCGAGUCGCCCUUCCGCGGGCUGGGCCCCGUCGUUUCCCCAGACCCCGACCUGGACGGCCUGGCCAUGGAGGACGGAGAGGUCGGGAUCACGUUAAAUGACGCUCCCAGCCCGCUCUCGUCCGCAGGGGGCUCUCCGGGACACAGCCUCCGUGUGGGGGACACAGACAAUCGUGAUGUGGAGGACAUGGAGCUGUCAGACGCAGAUGAGUCUGAAGGGCCGGCCAUCAUAGUGGAGGCAGAGGUGGGACAGCCCGUCCUGGGUGCUUUAUCCAAUGCAGCCCCAGUACCUGCUGUUACUCAGUCACCUUUAACCAAUGAAGUCACACCAGCGAAACAGACUCCGCCCCCUGUUGUGACACAUAACCCAGCUGCGGCAUCUGUCCCCAUUAAUUUGGCCGGUGUGGAUCUGGGCAAGAUCAGCUCUAUUCUCAGCACCAUAACCAAUGCCAUGAAGAACUCGGGAGGUAACUCAGCAUCUCGUCCCUCUCAUGGUACCUCCACCACCCACUCAGCUCCCACCUCAGCUCUGACAACCCCAACACUACCAACCACAUCAGUAACCAAUCCGCUGGCCAGCGUGCUCUCCAAAGUGGACAUCAACCCCAGCACCCUGCUCAGUGCUCUGUCCAAAACCCAGGCCCAGGGCACCGGCCUGCAGGGACUGUCCAGUUUUCUGAAUAACCAGGCUGGGAAAACCUCAUUAACCUCUCCAGACUUAGAUAAAGUAAAUUCUCCAAACUCAGUCUCCACACACAUCCACCCUUCCACCAGGACCAAUCAAAUUUCAACUGUGCCAUCAAUGGGAAUGAAUGAAUUGACUCAGAUGACCCAGACCAGAGAGGUUCAGAGGGAGCCACAGACCGACGCAGAACCGGGGUUCUCCAGUUUGGAAUCUAAGAUUGACAGUUUUCUCUUGGACAAUCCGGCCCUUAAGGGUUAUAACAUGGGCUUUCCGUCCGUAUUAACCGGGUCACUGGGAAACAGUAACAGCCCUGCCCUUGGAAUGGAGAGUUUUGGAGGAACCCCCGUGAGAGAUGAAUCUGGGGCCACGCCCACGCAAGACGAAAUCUUAGAUACCUCUAAACCAGAGUCAUAUCCACAUAAAGAAAGACUGUCUCUGCAAAUAGGCCUUGCCUCUGCUGCACUGUCCAGUCAAGCUGCUUCAUCAGUCCAUCCAAUGUCCACGUCUUCCAAUGAUAAAAACUUGUGGGAACAGCCAACCAAUCGUGAGCCAAGCUUCAGCCCAAGGCUACAGAACGGUGGGGACUACCAUCAGAAACCUUUGACAGGGGGGCGAUUGCCCUCUUCUCUGGCCAUGGUGGAGGACAACGCUUAUCACCAGUUCUCCGAGCCCCUCAAGGCUGCAGAGAACGUAGGUGCGAUUGGUCAUGGUCCAAGGAUGGGCGAGGCAGGGGUCACGCCCGUACGGGCAGAGGGAAGAUGGUACGAAGAGACCUAUGGGAAUAAUCAAGAGAAAUCGGUCUUGGGCGGCGCCUAUGAUGACGACCCUCCUCUUCGCAGCUUCCUCACAGCCCCUCUACCCCCCAUUCCCAAACUGCCGCCCCCACCUCAAGGCUUCAUGUCUGGUCCCCACUCUGGCCCUGCGACCAGAGCCAGAGGUCCCACGGAGCCGCCUGAUCGGCACAGCGAAUUGAGUAACAUCGACAACGAUAGUCGCGCCAGGGCAAACCCCCUUUGUUACGAGGAUGGUUUGUCCCAUCCCUCCGCAGCCGACGAGCGCUUCCAGUCCACCAUGGCCAAUCUGGGGCCUCGUCACCGUGCCCCCGGACCACAUCACGCUGGUGUCUCCAACGAUCAACCCAGGACCUCCUUCCACCACUCCAACAUUGCCCAUCACUCUCCUGGCCCUCCUCCUCCUCCUCCUCCUCCUUCCCAUGGCUACCACAGCACCCAGAGCCCCCCGCAGUCUCUGCCGGAGAACCAGUACUUUGACCCUGUCAGUGAUUACCCACCUCGUAGCCCCUCUCCACCGUCGUACCUCCAGGGGCAGCCCCCAUCAGAACACUUACCCCCUCAUCACGCGAACCCCAGGCCUCUACGCCCUCAUCACCUGGAACACAGAGCUCCUUUCCAACCCGAGCACAGAACACACCCCUACCCAGAACACGGGCCUCCUCCUGCCUCACGCCCGUACCCCGGCCGCUACCCAACGCAGAGACCCCAUGCUCCGCGACGCCCUCCGCCGGCAUCGAACCAGUACCCCGGCGAACCGCCUUUCCAUGGCCCGAAACGUCCUGGACAGCCCUUUGGCCCACCCCCCAGAGGGAGAGGUGAUCCGUUUUACCCCCCAAAGAGACCCUUCCUGCCCCCACGCUACUAAUGCAUCUCCUUGGCAUGACCUCUGAACUCCCAACACCUCUGAAACCUCCUUUGUCCCUGUCUUCAGAGGAGCUGAGGGGUUUCGAGCGUUGGGAGUUCGUCUCUUGCUCGACAAUAGCACAAAGUGCUUUUGUGGCUUCGCAGUCAGAGCCAACAGAGACCGGACACACACACACACAAACACAGACACACACACACACACACACUGGCUUAGGUGGAACUCUAAGACGCUUCCACAGUCCACUGUCCUUGACAGAAGGGAUAGAUUUCAAAAGAAGAGACAUAAGAAUUUGGACGAACCCACUGGUACAGAAGAGGAUGAAGCAUAAUAUAAUGAUGCAUGGAUGGAUGGAUGGAUGGAUGGAGAGAAGUGAAAAUGUGUCUAGAGGGAGAAGAGGAACGGAGAGACUCAUUUUGAAAGUGAUGAAUUGAGAGGAAGAGAAAAGA